GAAAAGAAAAAAAUAAAUAAAUAAAUAAACGGCCGAUAAAAAUCAGCGAUCGAAAUGUUCGUAAAUAAAUUAUUAUUUAUAGCAUUUAUUCGAUUAAUUAACCUUGUUUUUUUUCCUUUCUUUUUUUUUUCUCGUGGUCGAUCUCUAUCAUUAUAAAAUCAUCAAAUACGCGAAACACGAAUACUGGCCCGUUGGCGAUAGCGCAGGUAAUGAUUCUAAAAUAAAGUGUAAGCGAGACUAACGGAGUCUUAUAUUUAGGACAACGCGCAUGCGCGAUCCGAUUAAAAGGGCAGAGAGAAGACUUGUGGCUUCUGCGAAACGCGAAUCGAGCCUCGUGCCACGAUUUUCUCCACGAUCAUAAUUAUAAAAUCUGUAUUGUAGUCCGUUCCACCUUUUUUCUCUUUUCCCCUCUCUUCAUUUCGAUCGUAUUAAAAAGUUUCGGCGAUUAAAAAAAAAAAAAAAAAUACACACGCGCACAGACAGACAAAAACAAAAAAACGUAUCUAUUUCGAACGUUAAGUGCAAAUUAGUGUUUCUCAUUGACGUUGAACUUGAUAGAGAAAAAGGGAAAAAAAAGAAAUAAAAAAAGAAAAACAAGAGAAGAAGAAAAAGAAGAAGAAGAAGAAGAAGAAGAGGAGGAGAAAGAAGAAAAGCAUAAAGAACACACUCAUCUUUUUUCGAAAUUUCUUAACAUAAGUGAGAACGGCUCAAGUUUUUAUUUUUAUUGUUAUUUUUUAAUUUCUCCUUUGUUUUCUAAUUUUCGUCUGUUCGUGGAUUUUUCUUUUGUUUAUUUAUUUAUUUAUUAUUAUUUUUUUUUUAUAUACAUAUACAUAUACACACAUAUAUUUGUCGUGUUGGUAUCGUAUCGAGAAAAAAUAACACCAUGGAUCUAGGAGGUGUAGAUGUAUGGGGUCAGAUCGCUGUGGAAACGUCUCAGAUGUUCGUUUCCGAAGGUGGUGUUAUUAAGAGUCGUUUUGCAGCCACCACCAUAGAAAAACUACCGGACAAGGUAAUUCUAAAUGUCUUCAGUUAUCUAUCGCAUCGAGAAAUAUGCAAGGUCGCAAGGGUUUGUAAAAAAUGGAGGCAAAUCGCGUACGACACGCGUCUUUGGAAACACGUAUCAUUGAGACCGGAAAUCAGUGGGCUCCAUGUUGGAUCACUUGAAAGUUUACUACAGUUAAUAAGCGUACGUUUUGGUGCAUCUCUAAGAUACAUCGAGUUACCGAUCGAACUUAUCACUCAUACCGUUCUCCAUGAAUUAGCAAACAAGUGUCCUAAUUUGACUCACAUGCUCCUUGAUUUCUCAACGGCCAUGCAGUUACACGAUUUCUCAGAGAUGCAAGCAUUCCCGACAAAACUUAAAUACAUGUGUAUCUGUCUUUCGGAAGUCAUAUUUAUGGAAGGUUUCAUGAGAAAGAUUUAUAAUUUCAUCAAUGGCUUGGAAAUACUUCAUUUGAUUGGAACUUACGAAAAAGUCGAGGAAGAGGAAGAAGAAAUUUACGAGGUGAUAAACGUGCACAAAUUGAAAUCGGCGACGCCGAAUUUGCGAGUGAUCAAUUUGUAUGGGAUCAAUUUCGUCGACGAUUCCCAUAUAGAUGCAUUUUCUUCGAAUUGCAUACAACUAGAGUGUCUCGCAGUGAAUUUUUGUGCCAAGGUUACAGGUUCGACCAUGAAGACGCUAUUCCAACGUAGUAGAAGAUUGAAGUGUCUACUAAUGCAAGGAACAAAUUUGCAAAGCGAUUAUGUGAUGCAAGUCGAAUGGGAGAAAUCCAGUAUCCAAGAAUUUGAUAUAACAGCUACGGAUUUAUCAACUGAAUGUUUGAUCGACAUGUUGACCAGAAUACCUGGUCUUCGUUUCCUUAGUGCAGGCCAAUUAAAUGGCUUCAAUGAUAGCGUGUUAAAGGCAUGGGUAGAAUCUGGCAAUCCACGAAAUUUGACUGCUUUGGAUCUUGACAGUUCGGACAAUUUAACUGAUGAUGCUUUGCACAAAUUCUUAUCGAGACAUGGCCAUCAACUUUGGGGUAUUUCGUUAUCUGGAAUGCCACAUAUCACCGAUCAACUCUGGCAAAGUGUUUUACCGAUUCUCACUAAUGCCAAAAUUCUCGUAAUGGGUACCCAAGAGAGACUUGGCGUUAAUAUUCACGUGGAUCAAUUAAUGGAUGGAAUCGCUAAUAAUUGUCCAAAUUUAGAACGACUGGAGUUACGUUGGGAUCCAGAAAAUUUAAGAUUUUCCGAUAAAAGUCAAAAAGCCAUCGACAUUUUACGCGUUAAGUGUAUUAAACUCAAGUGUUUGGUUUUGAGCGAUGGAAGAUAUUACGAAAUCGUUAAAGCUAAUUUCGAACGUGCCGAUAGAUUGACGGUCGUACGAACGACAACUUGUUGCAGAGUGUCGAAUUAUUAUUUGCUACAAAAUUACAAAGAUUUGAUUUUUAAUUGAUGUCAAACGUGACGUCAAACUAAUGCUUUCAUACUAAUGGAUUUUUGAAGUUAGGCGAUAUUUACGAAGAUACGAGCAACCAUCAAAUAUAUCCAGGACAAUCAAUUUUCUGUGGUUACCGAUGCGGUAUCCGAUAUAUAAUAUACCUCAUUAUUAUCGUCGGAACGAAGUAACUAGCGUUCUAGUAAUCGAUAUGAUACUAAUUAUUGCACUUCGAAUUAUUGGAAGUAAUAAUAUUCGUCAUUUAUUAGGAACAUGAAAUAAUCAAUUAAUGAUCAUGAAGAUUUAUAUAUAUAUAUUUUAUUUUUUAUUUUUUUCAAUAAAUGAUUGCACUGUCUAUGUGUGUGUAUAAAGAAAAAUGACGAAUUAAAAUUCAUUGAAACUAGAAAUAUAUCUUCAAGUCAACUGAACGGAACGGGUAUAUUGUUAUAAGUGAUUGAUUUUAUCAUUCGGUUCUUUAUAAAAGUAUGGGCAAAAAAUAUAUAUAUAUUAUAACCAUUAAAAAUUAAAGAAAAGAAAAGGAAAAUCGUAUGUAUGAUGUAUGUAUGUAUGUUGUAUAUAUGUAUAUAUGUAUGUAUGUACAAGUUUUUGACGAGAAAAAACAAUUAUUACAAAACUAAUUAUAAAAAG